AUGGGCAAGAACCGCAAAGAAAAACUCCCUCAGAUCCCCUUGGCCCAAGCCGAUCGAUCCGGUCCGAAAGCCCCAACUCUCCUCGACAUCGCAGAGCAGCGAGGAAUCCUAAGGGACUAUGCUGGGAAGCCAGACACGGCUUCUCUCGAAGCCCGUGAUAGAGGCAACGAUGAGAAAGAAGCUCUGGUCGGCAGACUGGGCGACUCGAUCUUAUGGAGUAUAAGCUUGACCAUGCUGCAUUUUACCCUCGAUGUGCUGGUCACGCACCAAUACAAUAUAGAUGGUAUCGUAUGGCCCGGCAUUAUAUGGCGGACUGUACAGGCUCUUCCAGGCAAGUCCUCCCCUUCCAUCUCCUUAAUCUUGGGGAAAAUCUGA